AUGGUACGAGGGGAUGGUAGUAACAGGAAUGAUAAAUCAAUAGAUGAAGGAUUAUUAGAAGAUGAAACCUUAGAAUCUGAAAUUAAGGUGCAUCCUGAGGUGCGUAAGUUGUGGGUUGAUGUGCUCAGUAAGAAUAGGAAUCUGGAAAAGGGAUUGGCGAUAAAGUAUGUUGCCCCAACCUUGGUGAAUGGGGAAGUAGAAAUUGAAAUUGAGGAAGACGACAUCGCGACAGAGAUCAAAUUCUGGGAAACUGCUUUGAUCAUGUUGGGUGACAGGAAUAAUUCCUACUACUAUGCUACCUUAAAAACAAAGCAGAAUGGAAAGAGUAUGAGGGUCCUUCAUAUGAUUGAUGGUGUUAUCCUCGCUGACCAAAAGGAUAUUGAAAAGGAAGUAGUGGAUUUUUAUGGUAGUUUAAUGGGAAUGGCUGCAAAUAAUUUGAAGCAUGUGGAUAUAGAAGCAAUAAAAAGUUGUAGGAAGAUUAAUAUGGAGCAAAGAAAGUUCCUAGUGGUAAAAGUAACUAAGGAGGAAAUUGCUAAAGCGUUACAGGGAAUUGGUGAUUUGAAGGCCCCUGGGAUUGAUGGCUAUGGAGCAAAGUUCUUUAAGGCUAGUUAUCACAUCAUAAAAGGUGAUGUUAUUGCAGCCUUUAUGGAGUUUUUUAAGAAGGGUAGAAUGUACAAGGCUUUUAAUAGUAUUGUGCUUACUUUAAUCCCUAAAAUGAGAAUUCCAUAUCUAUUAAAGGCUAGAAGGGGCAUCAAGCAAGGGGAUCCCAUAUCCCCCUUGCUUUUUGUCAUUAUGAUGGAAUAUAUGAAUAGAUCCUUGACUAAGAUGCAAAAGGAUCAUAACUUCAAUCACCAUGCUAAGUGUGAGAAGUUGUCUCUCACAAAUCUCACAUUUGCAGACGAUGUUCUGCUUUUCAUUAUAGGGGACCCAAAAUCAAUGGAGAUGAUGCUUGAUGCUUUCAAGAAGCUCUAUGAGUCUACUAGUCUUAUUGUUAACCUCAACUAA